GGCACUUUUGGUUGAGGAUCAACACGUCACUCAUGAGCCACUAGUGAACCAGAACGUAAACGAAAGAUCUUUUUACGGGAACCGGUACCGUACCGCGUCCUCUGACAUCCAUUCUCGUCCCCUUUAACAACAUAAUACUCUCCCGUUUGACAAUAAUGAAGCAAGUUCAUAGCCUUCUUAGCGACCCCAAGGGGGAUGUUGCGGCAAUCCGAGAAUUGUUUAAAGAAACAUUUGGUGCUUCGGAAGGUCCCAACGAAGGCCAGCUUAUCGGAACGCUGGCUGAGAACAUGAUCCAACAAACUCCGGAAAACGAUCUCCAUGUGUUCGUCACAAAGCUACACGAAGACGACAGCGGCAACAGCACGGGCGGUGCAUUGGCAGGUUGUAUCAUAUUCUCCAGGAUGACGUUUUCCAGCCAGCCCGAGACUGGGGCGAUGCUGUUAGGUCCAGUGGGAGUUCUUCCAGCGCAUCAAAAACAAGGCAUUGGCAAGGGAUUGAUUCAGUUUGGCUUGAAAAAUCUCCAAGAAGAUACCAGCAACAAGGGGAAGCUUGAUCUGGCAAUGGUAUAUGGCGACCCAAAGUAUUAUUCCAAAGUGGCUAAUUUCAUCCCGGUCAACUGCGAAACCAUUCCAGCACCCUUUAAAUUGUCUCAACCCCAAGGCUGGCAAGCCUUGUCCUUGACGGGCCAAGAAGACGAAAUUAAAGCCAUCCAAGGAACUUCUUCUUGUGUGGAAGCAAUGAGCAAACCCGAAUUGUGGUGACGAAGGAAUGAAUGAAACUGAGAAAUUCGAUUUCGUUUUUUAGAUUUUCUUAUUUGGAGGAGUGACAAACAUCCCAUGUUCGAAGAUAGAGUACAGUCGUACUGCUUCCGUGCUCACUUUUGAGGAUUAAAAUUGAGUUGAAAUAUUCUCUAGCAAUGGAACACAAGCAACUGCUUCUUGUUCUAACAUGUUUAGAGUUGGUAGAUGUUGGUAGAACGAUAGGUGGUUUUCCAAGACACCGGAGCCGCAUGCAUACUGGUACACUAGCUAGUUGUUGCAAUGCCACGGAAUAGCUGGCUAGCCAGUUUUCUGAUAGACUUGCUGGUUUACGUUUGGGACAC